AUGGAUCAAGAGAGGCAUGAGAGUGAAAAAAUGGAUGAAGUAAUGUUGCCAGGUUUCAGGUUUCAUCCAACUGAUGAGGAACUUGUAGGGUUUUAUUUAAGGAGGAAGAUUCAACAAAGGCCUCUCUCCAUUGAACUUAUCAAGCAGCUUGACAUCUACAAAUUCGAUCCAUGGGAUCUUCCAAAGCUGGCAGCAACUGGAGAAAAAGAAUGGUAUUUCUACUGUCCGAGGGACCGGAAAUAUCGAAAUAGUGCGAGGCCUAACCGAGUAACCGGAGCUGGAUUCUGGAAGGCGACCGGAACCGACCGGCCAAUCUACUCAUCUGAAGGUUCAAAGUGCAUAGGGUUGAAGAAAUCCCUGGUUUUCUACAAGGGCAGAGCUGCAAAAGGGAUUAAAACCGACUGGAUGAUGCAUGAGUUUAGGUUACCUUCCAUUCAUGACACCGGUCCUUCCAAGCGAUUUAUCGACAAGGACAACAUUCCUGCCAAUGAUGCAUGGGCAAUCUGUAGGAUUUUCAAGAAAGCAAACUCAUCAGCGCAGAGAGCUUUGUCUCAAUCUUGGGUGUCUAAUUCAUUGCCUGAAAUUAGUAACAUUACUCCAACAACAACGUGUGAUCACUUAGAAACACAACUAGUUUAUGGCAGAAGUUCUAGCAUUUUCAGUUCAAGUAAUGACACUUCACAAACUACCAAAAACAGCAAUUUAGUUAGUUCACUAAUCCAAUUUGGAGCCAGCAACACUACUAAUACUACUACAACUAGUGCUAAUGAUGCACAACAACAAUCAUCCAUGGCUAGUUUUUCUCCCUUUUAUACCUCUCCAUCUGUUCAUCUUCUUCCCGUUUCAAAAUGUGAUGAAAUCCCCAUAACUUCCACUUUUCAAACCAACAAUAUUCCCACAUCUCAAGAUCCCUCUUCUUCCUUGCUACUAAACAUGUCCUCAUCAUCCAUCUUUGGAGACUUUGAGGAUAAACUGUCUGAAGAAGAUCAGUAUAACUUUCACAGUUUCUCAGCUGCUGCUACAUUAAUGCCUGGUGAUCAAGAAGGAGGAACAGGAAGAAGGUUAUUGGGAAAUGAUCCCAAUGUGGCAACAAUAUUGAGGGAUCAGCAGCCAUGGGAGACAAUCCAAUCUGUAGGAGGAUAUCCUAAUUACAACUUGCCAUUCAAUAAUGGUACUAGUAGUAGUAGUAUGGCUGAUGCAGCAGCAGCAUGGAAGUGCAAUUUCUUCUGGGAUUCCUCCCCUUGUCCUAGUAGUGAUUUGUCAACUUGUUUUUCUACUAACAAGUGCUACACUUGA